AUGUCAGUCCACUUUCUCACCAAUACCACCAACUCUGGGACAAACAGUAUCACAGCUGUGAGAAGUAGUGCUGGAUCGAUUUCAGGGGCUCUGCUCCUCUGCCUUUUUCUACCCAUUGGUGUCUCUGGAAACCUCUUGAUCAUUUGGAGCAUCCUGGCUCGAACCCGCCAACGUUCCAUCACAACCCUGCUGAUCCUAAACCUCGCCUUUGCGGAUGGAUUCUUGAUGCUUUUGAUGCCUUUUUUCAUUGUUUAUUUGUUAAAACGCAACUGGAUUUUUACCCUGCCACUGCGCAAGAUUCUGCUGUACCUCUGCAGUGCCAACAUGUACGCUUCAAUAUUUUUGAUGACGCUAAUGAGUUUGCACAGGAUGGUGGCUGUAGUGUGGUGGAAACAUGCUGGUGUCCUGACAGACCGGAGGGCGAUUAUUCGGGUGUUGGUGGGACUGUGGAUUUUUGCUCUCGGCAUAUCAGUACCUAACUCUGUUUUCUGGACCACUUUCAGGAGUGAGCUAGAACCAACAUUUUUAAUGUGUGAUUGUAAACAUCCACAGCCACGUGAUAUGAUACUGCAGCACUGUUUGGAAAUUGUGCUGGGUUUCUUGAUGCCGUAUGGGCUGAUCAUUAGCAGUUACAUGUGUAUCCUGCGCAGAAUUCGCAAGACAAGAUUUCGUAGGCACAUCCGAAGUGAGAAACUCAUCCUGGUGAUCGUCAUCACCUUCGGCUUGACCUGGCUUCCUUUCCACAUCAUGAAUAUGGUGGAGAUUGCUGGGACUUUUCUCCCAGAAGAUUCCCAUGCAAAAGCCAGACUAGAUGAAAUCUGGCUAUCAUUCAGAGGCUUCAGCUCCAUUAUCACCUUCAUCAGCAGCUGCAUAAACCCUGUUCUCUACACUUUUGCUGGAAAGUCAUAUAUUAAACGUGAAGGCCUGGCCUUCAUGGCGCAGCUCUUUGAGGGCUCAAGGAUCGAGUCCAUGAGAAAGAAUUGGCAGAAUCAGAAAAAUCAGGAUCAAGAGAAGAAAGAAGAGGUUGAUCAUCUAAAAGACAGAAUCUGA